CGUAGUAAAAAGAAACGCAUAUGUCAAAAGUAAAAAAAUCCAAAACAAAGUAUCUGCUGAGUAUUUCCAAGGAUUUUGUCUUAAUUCAUUGAGUUCACUUGAAUGUUGUUACGUGGAUUUUGUAAUAAAACCUAGUGACUAUAUAAUAAACAUGGCAACAACUACUGAAAGUUUUAAUAAACUAAUGGAAUUUAGGGAAGAUGUGUGUUCAUCCUUAGAAGAAAUUGAAGAGCUUGAUAUAGCUUGUAAGUCUUUACUACACCGAUACUUGGAAGAUAUCGAUUCUGUGGAGUCAUCUUGCAUUAUCAAAAUCCAGUCAAUUAUAGAUUAUAUGUAUGAAAAAGUAAAUAUUGGUAAUUGGAAGGAAGUAAGGUUAUUCUUAAGGAAAACUAUUACUAUAGCAUCAUAUUUAAAACUGCUAGCCCACUUCAAGUGUUCCACGGAAGUAACAGAAAGUGUUGUAAAGGAGUCUUUUAAAAUUAUAGACUUUGGAAUAAUGUUUGGAUGUCCCCUUGAUGAAGAACCAAGGCUGUUGCAAAACUGUGCUGCACUGCUUAGCCCACUGCAUGCCAAACCGAUAGGCAACCUUGAUGAAAAGAUAAUGAAUAAUAAUUUUGAUAUAUCAGUCAUUGAAAAUGACAAGAAAAACACGGUACCUAUAGAAGUAUUGGACUGCCCAAGCAUGGAGCACUUUUACAAAAACUACAUCCUAAAGGAGGUACCAGUUAUCUUGGACAACUGUAUUAACCACUGGCCAGCAUUGACUAAGUGGAAAGAUCAGAAUUAUUUCAUAAAACUUGCUGGCCUGAGGACUGUGUCUAUUGAACUUGGAAGAGAUUACACUGACUCUGACUGGACUCAAAAACUCAUGACUAUUGAGGAAUUUGUCAAGAACCACAUUUACCAAUCAAAUGGACCUACAGGGUACAUGGCCCAGUACCAACUUUUUGAGCAGAUCCCUGAGCUGAAAGAUGACAUAGUUGAGCCAGAAUACUGUUGCUUCACUGAGACCAAUGAUCCUGUUGACAUCAUGGCCUGGUAUGGCCCAAAAGGCACUGUUUCGCCUUUACACCAUGACCCUAAGAGGAAUCUACUAGCUCAAGUAGUUGGAGAGAAACAAUUGUUCCUAUUCUCACCUAAGGACUCUGAGUACCUCUAUCCACAUGAACAUGAAUUACUAAACAACACAGCAAGAGUUGAUCCAAGAAACCCAGAUAUGGAAAAGCACCCAAAGUACCCAGAAGCGAAGGCAUUUUAUUGUGUACUCCGCCCUGGGCAGAUGCUGUAUAUACCCCCGAAAUGGUGGCAUUUUGUUGAGUCACUGUCAAUAAGCUUUUCUGUAAGUUUUUGGUGGGAAUGAGAGGAAAUUAAACUUGAAUCAAAACUCAAGAGUGGACAUCAAGAUAUGGAGAUCCAGGAAAAGAAAACAUCAGAAAAGGAAAUUACCUCGCAUCCUGGUCCCGGAAAUGAAAUCGAAGUCCUCUUUGCGUGUGGGGUCGAAGAAUGCCAUUUUGCCGAUCGAAGUGUCGUACGCCGCCACACGGAAAGGAAUUAUCUGUAGACGUCAAUAUCAUAUUAUCCUCCGAUUUGUAGUGUCAACUAUACUAGUCAUUAUUAUAAUUACAUCAUAAUUCAAUUA